UCACACAGGCUGUGUCCUGGCUGGUGUAGAAGUUGAAGCCAGACAACGCUGUCUAUUCUACUACUAUCUCUGGUGGAAGAUUGGGCUACAAAAAGCAAGCUCUUCAACCUUGGGUCUUAAUACUUAGAAUUGUCUUUCUCAAAUCUUUGAUUUGAGAAUUUGAGAAAUUUCGAUAAGAUGACCUGUCCCCUAAAGUUUAUUUUAAUUGUACUUUUUUUUUACUUUCGGCCUUUGUAUAGCUAUGAAGAGUUAAGACUUACAAAUCCUUAUCAGUCUUUUGACCAUCGGACGAUAAUUAUGCUCAUCAUUGUUGGUGGUAUCCUGGCAUCUGUGAUCAUGCUGACAUGUGUUGUCUUCUGUCUUUACUUCAAAGUAUCCCGAGCAUUGAGAGCUGCAAUGGAAGCUGAUGAUGUGGCUGAAAACUGUCAUAAUCUAGCCAAGAUCACCGAGAGCAAGUGCUUGCAUAAUAAGUUUGCCCGGGCCAAAACCACCACCACUGAGUCUUGUCGUGCCCUCCAGUGCUGUGAUGAAUGUGGCAUAUAUGCAGAUUUUGAUCCCCUGCCACCUUGCUAUUGUGACAUAAAUGAGGGACUCUGA